AUGAUUACUGGUUGCCAGAUGAUGCAUCUAGCGCUUCCGGUUGCGGUGCUCGCCGUGGCGAGUAUCCUGGCCAAUGGUCAACAACACACAGAAGACCACUGUAAGGAUCGGUCGUGUUAUCCGAUCACUGGAAAUCUUCUGGUCGGUCGAAAACAUCGCCUCAAGUCCUCGUCCACGUGUGGUACGAGAGGUAGGGAAAGGUGA